UCCCAUGAGACCGCAGUUCAAGAGCUAAGAAAAACUCACACUGCGGCCGUAGAAGCGCUGAACGAACAGUUGGAACAACUGAAGAAAGCCAAAAUUGCUCUGGAACGCACCAAGGGCCAACAGGAUUCCGCAGUGGAAGAGAUGCAAAAGCAGCUGCAAUCGGUUCAAACGAGCAAAAAUGAUCUUGAUCGUCGCCGUCGUCAAGUUGAACAACAACUGAACGAGGCGCACAUGAAGACUCAGGACUUAGAAAUGCAGCGGGGCGAUUUGGAUAACCGUUUGAACAAAGCAUUGGCAGAUAUCGAGACAUUGAACAAUACUGUGGAAGAUUUGGAAUCCAAACUAACCCGUGUGACUCGCUCGGAAGGCACAGCAGUUGCCGAACUAAACGAGCUACGCACCCGGCUGGAUGAAGAGACUCGAGUGAAGUUGGCUUUGCAAUCCCAGAUACGCCAGAUUGAAGACGAACGAGAAGGUGCUAAAGAUGCUUUAGACGCGGAGGAGCAAGUCAAAAUGGCACUGGAGAAACAUGUGCUUGCUUUACAACAACAGAUGCAAGAUGUCAAGAAGAAGGCGGAAGAAGAUGUGCACCAAAUCGAACAACUUGAAGAAGUGCGUAAGAAACUGGUUCGAGAACUGGAUGUUGCACUCAAUCGAAAUGAGGAGCUCAGUGCACAGCUUGAGAAAUCCGAUAAAUCGCGGAAGAAAAUUCAGGCCGAGCUUGAAGAUGCAACUCACGCUAUGGCCAGCCAGCGCUACGAUCAGGCCAAUAAUGAGCGUCGCGUGAAGAAACUGGAAGCUGCCCAUGCAGAAGCUAUGAAUCAAGUUAAUCAUCUCCAAGCCGAAAAGGAGACAUUCGACAGAGAGAUGCGUGAUCGCGAUACACGUUUGCUCAUGUAUCGAAACGAAAUCGAUAGCCUUAAGGAACGCCUCGAAGAGACUGAGCUUCAGCGAGCUGCUCUGGCUCGUGAAUUGGAGGACUUAGGCUCGAAUCGGGACGACGCGGGCAAGAGUAUGAUUGAUCUGGAGCAAGCUAACUAUCAACUAAAUCAGCAGCUGAAGGAGGCACGGCAACAAUUGGAGGAACUGGAGGAUGAGGUAUCAACAGUUACGAUGGAGAAGCAACGAACAGAGGUCCAGCUCAAUGCUUUGCGCACGCAACUGGAGCGUGAACUUUCUGGUCGUGAUGAAAUGCUUGAAGAACAGCGCCGCCAGACUAUGAAACAGCUGAGAGAGCUCGAAGCCGAGCUGGAGGACGAGAGGAAACAACGUGGUAUUCAUUUCGGUGUGCGAAAGAAGCUCGAAUCCGAUCUUGCCGAAUCCAAUCAACGCCUGGAUUUGGCUACGCGCCAGAAAGAAGAGGCCUUGAAACAACUGAAGAAGUAUCAAGGUGUCUCGGGCGGCAUACAACGCGAACUGGAGGAAGCGGUUCGCGCUCGGGAUCAGGCUGUGGAAUCGAUGCGCGAUUUAGAAAAGAAAUGGCGCUCCAUGGAGGGUGAAAAAAAUCAUUUGCAGGAAGAACUACAUGCUUCCGAACGAACUUGUCGAGCUUUACGGAGCGAGAAUGCUGCUGUUGAGGAAAAACGGCGUCUGGAAGCUCGUUUGGUCGGUUUCGAGGAUCAAUUAGAAGAGGCUCAGAAUGCGAUGGACGCUGCCGAAGAACGAUACAAACGAUCCCUUGCUCAGCUGGAGCAGCUGCAAGCAGACUACAGCGUAGAACGUACCAACGCGAUGCGUGCAGAGUCACAACGUGCAUCACUGGAGAAGCAGGUCAAGGAACUGCGUGAUCGGUUAACCGAGGCUGAAAAAGAAGGUGGCAGACGAAGCAAAGCUCAACUUGCCACUCUUGAAGCCCGUCUGGCAGCUUUCGACGAACAGUUAGAGAUAGAAAAGCAGGAUAAGAUGACGGUUACCAAAAAUUGUAAGCGUCUGGAAAAACGAAUGAAAGAACUGCUGAUUCAGAUGGAAGAAGAGAAACGUGGUGCCGAGAUGACUAAAGAGUCCUACGAAAAAGCUCAGGCAUCCGUCAAGCGAAUCAAACGUGAUUUAGAGCUGUUGGAGGAAGAGAAUGCGCAAUUGAAGAUGCAACGACGACGAUUACAACGGGAUCUAGAAGAAGCCACUGAGGCCCGAAUGAUCGUUGAACGGGAUUUGCAGAAUUUGCGCAAACUCCACCGUUCCGGUCCACGACUUCCACGCCCACUUGCCGGUAGUAUUUCCUCACGCACCGGAGAUGAUGGUGUUCCCGAAGAUGGUCAGUCGUUGACCGAGCUGGAUUCGGUGGGUAGCGGCGACGUACCGUCCAACAGUGGUGCUCCAGUGAACAACUUUAACAACGUAUCACCCGAAGUCAAUAAUGAAUCCGCUUCCAAAUAA